UGUUGUAGCAUUUGCUUCUGGGCUCUUCACCGAGGCUUGUAUCAUGAGUACAUCAAGAUGGCGAACAGAACAAGCGUACGUAACGACGCUGCUGUGGAUGUUACUGUUGACCUGCACUGUAAAUGCGGAUUCGUUAUCGUACCUCAUAACGACGACAUGGAACAACGUGUCCCUGCCGUCGGGCAACUACGCUAACGUUAGCCUAGCCAGCGCCGGUGAUGACGUCAUCGUCGUGACGGCAACGGCGCGUUACUAUGGCAAUCCUCAGCCCAGCGGGGCCUUCCCGGGGGCCAACAUAGUGGGACUCUGGGACUAUGAGGUGAUGGACGUCUUUCUCGCCAACGCCGCUGAUCAAUACAUACAAGUCCAGCUCGCGCCAGACGGUCUGCAUUGCGUGUUGCUCUUCGACGGAGUGCGCCAGAACGUCAGGUUUUCCUUGCCUCCGGACAGCGUCGACUUCUCCUUCAUUGUAGACACUGACGGCCUCGUCCACUGGGAGACCAGGCUUGCCCUCCCCACUGAGUACCUUCCACCCAGCAAACUGGAAUUAUUAUUAUUAUUAUUAUUAUCAUUAUUAUUACACACUAAUACAUGUCCUUGCUUUAGCCACGCGCUGCAGUACUACGCACCCAUUGACCUGGACCAGCUCAUCCCCGACCUCAGCAGUCGGCCCAUGACCGAGCUCUGGACCGACGCUCUGGAAGGACGUCUACGUUACCGCAUCAAGACGUACUGGAACGGUACGUCGGUACCACACGCGCCUCUCACUGUGGUCCUGGAAGGGGAUGAAGAGGAGGUUCUCUUCACCGUUGACGCUCCUUUCUUUGACGCCGACCCUGCGCCGGGUGGUAUACCUGGCCACGCCUUCCCUGACCUAUACAAGUAUGAGGUGGUGGAGGUCUAUUUCCUGAACGCCGACAACCAGUAUGUUGAGGUCGAAGUUGGUCCGUAUGGACAGCACUGGGUGCUGCUGCUGUGGACACAAAAUGAUUUAUAUGACCAGCGGCGUCACUCCCUGCCACUAGACGUGACCACCAACAUCACGCAGGACCGCUGGAGCCUGAACAUGACUGAGACACCGAUCUUGUUCCGCUACUUUGUGGACUACGAAUGGAACAGCGCGCCUGUCGUGGCCCACCAACCUGCGGAAAUCCUGCUCUAUAAUGACGGUGACAGCGUUCGCAUGAACGUGACCGCGGCGUUCUUCAACGACCCAGCGCCACCCGGCGGAACGCCUGGCCAGCCAUACCCCGGCCUAUACGACUACGAAGUUGUAGAAAUGUUCUUCCUGAACGCCGCUGACGAAUAUCUUGAAGUGGAGUUGGCACCCCAUGGAGAACACUUGCUACUGCUGCUAGCUGGAGAACGCAACAUCAUUGCCAGUGAACUCAGCCUCGACUACACUGUAGAUCUGCUACAAGAGGGAGGUGAUGGAGAAGCGGGAAUAUGGCAUGGAUCAGCCGUAAUUCCAGCUGAAUAUUUCCCAGUGAACGUGACUCGUAUCAACGCUUACGCCAUUCAUGGAGUGAACGAGAGCAGGACUUACGANGCGCUGUAUCCUGCACCGAUGGACGAUCCUAACUACCCGCAACCUGACUUUCAUCGUCUGGAGCUGUUCCAAGGAAUGGAUUUCGAGUUCCUGCGCGUCGAAAAUUCCGACUACUCUGACCUAUGGCUGAGCGCCCUAGCCAACACCACUGCCGCGCCAUUGAUGGCACCUGCACUCUAGCCAACUCCACUGCCGCGCCAUUGAUGGCACCUGCACUCUAGCCAACUCCAUUGCCGCGCCAUUGGCGGCACCUGCACUCUAGCCAACUCCACUGCUGCGCCAUUGGCGGCAUCUGCACUCUAGCCAACUCCGCUGCUGCGCCAUUGGCGGCAUCUGCACUCUAGCCAACUCCACUGCCGCGCCAUUGGCGGCACCUGCACUCUAGCCAACUCCGCUGCCGCGCCAUUGGCGGCACCUGCACUCUAGCCAACACCACUGCCGCGCCAUUGGCGACACCUGCCUUCUAGCCAACACCAUGCCACGGCAUAGGUGGCACCAACAUCAGCACGUCUCGUCUUAUGCAAAAUGCCUUCUUUUAAAAUAAUUGCACUGGUGGUUGUCAGAAUUAUUACUAAACUAUUGAUGAAAUGCGUCAAUAGUUUCAUUAUUGCUUAAACGAAUCUAUGGUUGAUGCAUUAGUGUCGCCAAUUUCCGAUUAAGUAUGUUAUAUACGAAAUAAAGAUCAGAAUAUUUAUUGCCUCAUUUACGACUACAUCGGUUUAUUAAUGACACUUAAAUAUAAAGAGGAAUUUUCAUCUGAUGAUUCACUAUCAACAUAUAUAGUAAAUGCUUGAUUAUAUCUGAUAUCCUAAAUUUCACAUAACUUUUAGACAAUUGUUUGCUCCUUUACUGCUAUGUUGUAUUACAAUGGCUAGGGUAAAUGACACAUAGAAUAUAACGAAAACUUUGUUCGUAUAAUGGCUUGUGUAUCUACUCAUCAUAUACUUUGUAUUAAAACUUAAUCUGAAUUAAAUCACAUCAUUUAUCCGUUUUUUUUAUUAUUGCGUUUCGAAACCAAUUCCAGCCUUUUUAGUUUAUGCAGUGAUCGAAAGACACUACAUGCUAUUUAUAUUUCAUUACUUUUUUCUUCUUUCGCUAAUCCUAUAUUCUUCUUAACUAAAUGGAUCAUACGGUAGCCACUCUCGUAUGCCACAUUAGUUGUCGUAUUUUUUCCAAGUCUUUUUUUGCCUGUGCAAGUUUAUUAAAAAUUAAAACUUAAAAUAUAGAAGUU